ACAAUACCAUUUUUUAGAAGGUGCAAACUUGACAAUCGCAAAGAGAAGUGUCUGUUCGUUUUCCAGAUGUCUAACGUAGGACGGUUGACGAUUGCUCAAACCGAAAUAGACAUAAGUAGGACUGUUUCGCAUCAGUGGGAUAAAACCAUGUUUACAAGGGCAGCAGAAGAAGAAUCCUCGGACGUCGAGGAAAUGGACACAUCGGAGUGCCGCUGGUGUUGGUUCUACCUGGCUGAAUGCGGGGUGUGGCAUAUUUUUGAGGUGGACCCGAGUGCCGCAUGCUCUGUGACCAGUGACCAAAUCGAACAGAAUUACGCAAGGAAUCAUCAGGGAAUCCUGGAAUUCCACACAGCAAAGUACACAUACAGAUUAGAUUUCUCAGUGAUGAAACAAACAAAUCUAACAACUGGAAAGCAAAGGCCAAUCAAGCGAGCGCUCCAUUCGGCAACAAGUUUCAGAUUCAUCUGUGAUAAUCUCGCCCUGCCCGUUCCCUCGCACUGGGAAAGGAUCAACACCGAGGAGCCUUACCAGCUCAUCUCUCUGGGCAGAGACACGUAUGAGUGCAAAGAGGUAGCAAGGUUGUUUGAGAGGACAAUGGGAGGAGCCCCCAUCAAAUCGAUUCAGAGAAUACAGAACAUAGACCUGUGGGAGUUUUUUUGCCGGAAGAAGGCCCAGCUGAGAAAGAUCAAACGAACGGACGUGGACGAGAAGAUGCUCUUCCACGGGACGGGCCACAGCAACGUUCAGGCCAUCUGCACCUACAACUUCGACUGGAGGUUGACCGGGAGUCAUGGCGACGUCUACGGCAAAGGGAGCUAUUUUGCGAGAGACGCCAAGUACUCGAGCAAGUUCUGCCACUCCACCGGGAAACACAACUUCACCCUGCAGAAGCAUGGCCUGGCUCCGCCCACGUUCCAAAGCGAGCCGCCGUACAAGUCCAUGUUCCUGGCGCGGGUUCUGGUGGGCGAGUGCACCGUGGGACACCCCCUGUUCAGCCGACCCCCCUCCAAAGACACGACCAUCACAAACUUUUACGACAGUUGCGUGGACGACAUCGUGAACCCCAAGAUCUUCGUGAUCUUCGACAGCAACCAGGUGUACCCGGAGUAUUUAAUCGAGUUCUAUUGACGAGGUCGUCGGGACGGGCGUUGCGCUCUACGUGUUUUACGUCCCGCAGUAUGGAGUUAUUUUCAUAAAUAGAAACAAAUCGACGCAGUCCGUUGUGAAGUAGGGGUUUAGACGAAUGUUGGAAAGACAUGCAACACACCUGCGUUUCUGAAAGCACCCAGCUUUUAAAAAUGGACAUUGUCUAUUUAUAUUUAUUUUUAUGAGAUGAAAGCAAUUGUUGAAGAGAAAUGCAACAAACGGGGCGUUACUCUUCCGUAUCCCCCCCCCCCCCCCCCGUCGUUUCCUUACGGACGUCCCACAGUGCCUUUGGAGGAGAAAGGAGAGGGACCAGGGUGGCUGGAGAACUUUGGAUUUCAGCUCAUGAAAACGUGUGUUCUCACCGAGCCGUCGAAGCGAGGACCGGAUUUGUGCCAUAACUGAUGCAGUCCUGCUGCAUAUUGGCCUUUUUUUAUUCUAAUGUAUUGUGUUAUAUUGAUUUCUGUUCUUGCGUGCUUAGAUCUUUCUGUGAUUUGACUGGCACCCCUGUCUGUAUCGAGUGUGUUGUAGUACGUCACAUGUGGUCUCACGGGAAUGAAAUCGGUGUGAUUCUCUGUUUUGCAGUGUUGUUAAAAAGAACCCCCCCCCCAGCUAAUGUGAAAACAUACAGUGGGGUCCAAACGUCUGGGACCACUCGCGAAAAUGCUUCUAUUUUGCAUUAUUUUUUAAUUGAAUACAAACUUUUGCAUUGCACUAAUUGAGUGAACAGUUGAAUCAUCAGAAAAUGUCCAUGAAUUUCAGAAUUUCUUUGUGUUUGGUAUGUCCCCCUUUUGCUUGAAUGGCACUGUGCACUCGAGCUAGCAUGGACUACACAAAUUUGUGUAAAAUUGAUGAUUGUCCCAGCGUCUUGUGAUGUUACUGAAUGCUUGGCUUUCAAGUGCCCCCAUAAAUGUUCAAUGGGGGUUGAGGUCAGAUGAUUGUGGAUUGUGCGGCAAUCUUUGGUCUUCAAGUUGUUCUUGCGAAGCGUUGAAGUAGCGUGGUCUCAGCCAUUUGGACCCCACUGUAGGUUCAGACGUUCCAGAUGGAGUUCACAAUGGUCCGCAAGAGCCAUCUCUGCAGUGUCGCCUAAAUCGUCUAAGGGUUGUUACGUUCCUGUGAUUUGUCUUAAGACGCGGUUCCGUUCUUGUGAUGUGUCUCGAGGUGCGGUUAUAUUGCUGUGAUAAUAAUGUGCUUAUCCCAGAAGUGAGCGAGUGCCUUUGGGGGAAAACUGGAACUGCAGUAAGAAUAUUUCCUCUUGGUCAGUCAAUACCUGCGGUUGAGCAAAAGAAUCUACCUCAUCGAGUUUAUUCUUUAGAAACCCAUAUGUUUUGGUAGAAGGGUAGUUAAGGACCUGCAUAGCUUCCCUUCCAUGCACUGGUGCUUCUUAUGCUGCCUCCCUUAUACCUCGGAAACCCGUAACUAAGACACUGUGACGACCCGUUAACUCGGAAUUACGCGUCGGAACGUCGGUCGUCAUUUCACAGUUGCCAAGUCGGAGGACUCCGAUGUCACUCAAACUGUUUGAAAUGGCGGGAUACACAAUAACGGUGAACAGCAGUUAACUCUUAAAUCCGCUUUUUUUAUAUCUUUUGAUAUCUGUAGCAUACGGUGAGUAGACGGUGUCUAGCAGAAACUGGCGAUCGUUGCUAGGAAACUCCGAGCUCAUAACUCGGAACCCCCCGUGUCAGAGCAGCGGGCUUCCGAGUUCACGAGGGACGCAGCAUUCGACUCUACCCCAACGAGAGGAUUUUUUACAGGUCUGAACGGUCAGCUCCCGAGAAAGGCGUGCUAUGUAAUGGAAUGCCCAGUUUUAUUGUGCCGUACAGAACUCCCAUUUCAGCCAUCUGACCUGUUAUUGUGCGAUCUCUCUGCGCUAAGUGCAUGAUGUCACGCCGGCCCGGGCCCUGCGCAUUGUGCGGGCGUGGGCUGUGUUCGACGUACUCAAAAGCUGAUUUCUGUGGCUUUACACUAGUGGCUCCGCUAUAUGGAUGUUAUAUACUGUUGCUGCAACGUGUUGACGGUCAUGAAAUCUUUUUCGUACCACCCGAGUGGGUUUUCAACAGCGUGAGUAAUACAUUAUUCACAUGAAAUAGAAGUAAAUAAAUAUCUAUAUGUCCUUUGGAAAAAAAUUUCAGUUGAUUGGAAUGCAUUUUUGGAACUGUGAUUGUAUAUAUGUAUUUAUGUAUUUAGAAAGGUAUUUCUGAAAGUAAAACCAGUGCAUUGAA